AUGCUAUCCACCCUUUGUGCACAGGAGCCAAAAGUGCCAAAAUCAGAAUCGUUGCCGGAAGAAAAAGCAACUAGCAUAGCCACUGAUCUUUCGAAAUGUAUCGCUGAAAUACAAUGUUUUGAUCAAAAUGUGGAAGAAGUAAAUGCACAAGCCGUAGCAAAAUUAAUUUCGAAAGCCAAACUCAGUGAAAUUGGAAGUCUGAUUAAUGAAAUCUGUGCGUACCGCAUAACCGCAGCAAUUCAGGAACGUGAUGAUAUGUGGCGUCGUCAUGAAACCGCUCAAAUAUCAUUUUUGCAAAACGAAAACUCCCAAAUGUUGACUGGACUGCAUGCCGAAAUUGAGAGACUGCAUCAUCAUUUAAGAGAUCUCUACCGUAGACUUUAUGUGAAGAAUUCAUUCGACAGCAAUAUAACACUUGAAAAUGAAAAUGAAUUGCUCCGAAAAAGGCUAGAGAUAGAAAGACAGAAUACGGAUAAGCUGACUGAGGAAUUGGAGAAAUGUAAGAAAAAAUCGCGAGACUUGGAGCAACAAACUAAUGAAACUAUCAAAACGCUACGAAAUCAGCUUGCCUAUCAGAAUAAAAGAAUUCGUCAACUAACCGAUGAACUUCAUGGGAGGACACCUCAGGCAACUAAAUUAAUGGUUCAGCUUCCAUUUGGAUCGGUAACUCAAGCAACUGUAAGCGAGAUUCCAGCUCGAAUUCGUUUCCAUUCGCAACCAACCAUUUAUUGGAGUCCUGCUCCGGCAUCAUUUUUUGGUAAAAAUGGCAAUAAUUUACCACAUAAGGGUGUAGUCCAUAACGCUUCAAUAAUUUAUCCAGGCGGACGACCAAAUGUUGUUGCACAAAGUCCACGUUCACAUCAUCUACCAUCGUUAUACUUAAAACCACGCAACAUACCAUCCUCGGGACACAGUAUUGAGAAGCCAACACUAUUACAAAUGAUAAGAUUACAUGAUCGAAUGUCGCUUACCCGUUCAUUAUAUGAAAUUCGAAAUUCUUUGAUUUCAAACAAUACUAUAUCAUCAAAUUCCACGAAUUCUAAAAUUUCGAUCUCAACUGAUGAAUCAAUGCAAAAUACGAUAUAA